GUCUGUGGCGGCCGGCGCUUGCCCCGGGCAGUGAAUGAAGUCGAGUCCCGCAGGGCUCCGGGGCGACAAGCGAGCGGCGCACGGAGCGGAGGGGUAGCCCACUGCCUCUAGCAGGGCCUGGCCGGACGCCCAGAAGUUUAGGGCUGGAAGGGACCUCGUGGGAUCAUCGGGUCUAGUCCCGCUGCUCUCUCCUGCCGAGUCUUUCCUGCCAGCCCGCGGUGCCUGGUAGGGCUCCGGGCGCAGGGCCCGCUUGGGGGAGGGAGGGGUGUCGUGUGUGAGCACGCCUGGCUGAGAAGCAGGGGCGGCCCAGACGUGUGCUCCCAAAGGAGCAGCUUCACUUGAUGCACAGAUAGUGAACGAGGAGUUCUGCAGAACGCGAGGGUGGCAUCUCUGCUCAGACUAUGGACCAUGUAACACUCUGCCGUCUGCACAGACUUGACCAUGACAUUGCAGAGAUGUAUUCCUUUUCCUCAAGAGUAUUGGACUGGUUAACCUUAAACUGGACUUUAUAAUUGUUGCUCCAAGUCACCCAUAUGAAUGAGAGCAGUUUCCUGUGCUGAUAGGUACAGACCUAGCAAUGGGCUGUUUCUUACUGCCCUGUGACCAGGAUCCAUGUAAACCUUGCCUUUCAACAACCCUCCCCCGAGUUGUUCCACUUCACCUGGGUUGUACUGCUUGUCAGCACCUGUCUUAGGUGUUUGCCCUCCCUCCAGGAUCAUGACUGCCUGGUGCUGUACUGCCAGGAUUUACCUUGCCAGCUUAAGGCCCCUUAUUGUUAGGAAAAGCUUGGCUUGUCUGAGAUGGGGUAAACCUGGCAUAUUCCCAUCUGAUGACAAACUUAGCUGGUUUAAAACUCAGCUCUUAGCCAAGACCACUCUGGCAUGCUGGGGAAUCACGGAGCUGUCACUUGGUGUGAGGUGCCAGGAAGCUCCAAAUAAAUGUACCCAAAUAAAAGGGGCCGUACUCCCCAAGCCUGUCGGAGAGAAGCCUUCCAGCGGAUUCCUCUGGUAUCUUGGUUUUUCCCUUCACCUGGGGCUCCGGGCUUGUGUUCUCUUGUUGAAGUUUGGCCCCCUGAUUCUGCUUUAUCCCUGGACCUACCUGUCUUCAGGUUUCACAUCUCUCUGGCUUCAACUUCUGCUCAAAGCCACACAGUCCUCAGGCCCCACCUUUAUCAAACUGGGUCAGUGGGCCAGCACCAGGAGGGAUCUCUUCUCUGAAGAAUUCUGCACAAAGUUUUCCAAGCUUCAUGUAAAGGUGAGCCCUCAUCCCUGGGGUCACACCAAGCAGGCGCUUCAGAAAGCAUUUGGGGAAAACUGGAAGAAAGUCCUCAAGUUUAAAAGUAAGGAACCUAUUGGCUCUGGCUGUGUUGCCCAGGUAUAUAAAGCAUAUGCUGAUGCCACUGCUAUUGAUGACCCACAGUUUGAAGAACUAGUCAGGAGCACUGAAUCAGAAUCGGCUCUGGAAGCCUGGGAGGUAUCUGGAUUUCAGGGCAUCUUCAGGUGGUGCUGGAAGAAGUGUGGAGAGAUGUUCGGAGAAAGCAAUGCAGAGCAGCUGCUUCAGAAGGACAGUUCUCAUGGAGACACUAGUAGGACUGCUACCUUUAAGAAGUCAGUGACUGGAUCUCAGCUGACUACCAACACCUUACCCCCUGCUGAUAGUUCCAAGGAGAUAGAUCACUUUAUUCCUGUAGCCAUAAAAGUCCUGCAUCCUGGACUAGUCCAUCAGGUCCAGAUGGAUCUGUUCCUGAUGAAGAUGGGCAGCCAGAUCAUUGAGCUUCUGCCUGGAGUCAAGUGGCUCAGCUUGACUGAAAUAGUAGAGGAGUUUGAGAAGCUUAUGAUUUACCAGACAGACCUACGCUACGAAGCCAAAAACUUGGAGCGCUUCCAACAAAAUUUCCUGGGCAUGGAUUUUGUGAAGUUCCCAACUCCCCUUCACCCCUUUGUGACCAGAAACAUCCUGAUGGAAACAUUUGAGGAGAGUGAACCCAUCUCCCAGUAUCUGCACACAGAAGUUGACCCUGAGCUGAGGCAGAGAAUUGCGAAGAUGGGUAUGGAUGUGCUCCUAAAGAUGGUGUUUGUUGAUAAUUUUGUCCAUGCUGACUUGCAUCCUGGGAACAUACUGGUUCAGGGUGCAAAGCAUUUUGGUGCUACCCGCAGGGAUCAAACCACUAUCGUGGACAUGUGUGACACACUCAUCGUAGAAGUACAACCUUCCCUUUGUCAGCUUCGUCUGGUGCUGCUGGAUGCAGGGGUUGUGGCAGAGCUGCAGGAAGCUGAUCUGCAGAACUUCAGGGCAGUCUUCACCGCUGUGGUGCAGGGACAGGGGGAGAGAGUGGGAGAGCUGAUCCUUCACCAUGCUCGGGCUAACCAGUGUAAGGACAUAGAGAGAUUCAAAGCUGAAAUGGCAGAGCUGGUGACCAAGGCCAGGAUGAACACCGUAGCCCUGGGAAAGCUUCAAGUGACAAAUCUGCUUUCCAACGUCUUUAAGUUACUGAUGAUCCACAAGGUGAAGCUUGAGAGCAACUUUGCUUCGGUUGUCUUUGCCAUCAUGGUUUUGGAAGGGCUUGGUCGCUCGCUGGACCCCAAACUGGAUAUCUUGGAGGAGGCUAAGCCACUUCUCAUCAAAACAGCAGCAGCUCUCUUAAAAUAGCAGUGACCACUGGAGUUGGUGUUCCACUGUUGGGCUUUUUGGCAAGGAAGUGCCUAUUCUUUUUGUCAGCAGAGGGGAAAGGAACCUGAAGUUGGAGUUGCUGCAUGGCUGGUCAAGACUGAGAGCAAGUUUUAAGGGAACAUAACCCAUUGCUUCUCACCAGAGAUUUGAGAGGUGAGUGGCUAUGUCGUAGUGUCAAAGACACUGUCAGGUAGUCUAGAUCCCCAAGGCUGAGGCAAAUCAUCUGCAUUCUGAAAAUAAUUUGAAGUGUUUAGAGACUUCCGCUGUGUUUGUGAACUGAAAAACAAACCAGAAGGACCCCACUCUAGUGGAACAAAACAACGUGUGAACUUCUGUUGAUUCUGCAGAUGUCUGCAGCUGCCCCAAAGCUAUGGCAAGAUCAGGCUACAGAGGCAGGUCAGUUUUUGUUUCAUGGAAAUGCCAGGGAACAGGAUCAGACGUUGUUAGAAAGGGACAGAAACUUUCUUUUUAGGCUUUGAAAAAAUAGAAAUCACAUAAAUAUUUCUGAGCAUAGCAGAUAUGCUUCUCAUUCUUCUUGGAACCCGAUGAUCACCCUCUGUUCUGUUGCUGGCAGCAGAAUGCAUCCCAGUUACUGCAGGUAUGCUUAUACAUAGUGUAUAAGCUCAGCCUUGUUUCCACAAGCACCAGCAGGAUUCAGAUUACAGCCAGCAAGGAAAAGAAACAGUUGCUGAAUUCUGAUGAGUAGGGUCCUGUGCUUGCUGCUGACUUAAUGGGUACAGGAUCAAACUCUACUGGUUAGUGCGAAUAGCAUUGGGCCAGGACAGCAGAGAAGACCGAGACUGCCACUACAAUAAGCUAAAUAGUAAUGGGGAUUUGGUUUGAUCUUCCUAUUUUGAUAGUAUUUGUUUUUAAAAAUGAGUUUCCUAACAUUACUUGAAUAUUAUUCAGUCCUUUCUAUAGAAUAAAUGCUGGGAGUGGGCUUUUUU